AUGUUAGGAGUUGAUAAAAAGCUUGAUAUAAAAGAGAAAAAAGCUCUUGAACGAGAAACAAAAGCAAAUGUCCGAAUACAGCAACAGAAAAUUAAAGAAUUAAAAGAUUCUAUAGUGGAACUUAAAUCAUCUACUGAUACUGAAACUGAUAGCAAAUUAAGCUCAACGGAAGAAGAUUCAGGAUACUCUCAAAAAGAGAAAAAAAGGAAAUCGAGUACUUCCACGAAAGUGAAAAAUCAAAUUAAAGUUGAAAUGAACUCGCCCCAGGUGAUUGUAGUAAUGAAGUUGAAAGGGCACAGAGUUAUGUUGGAGAUGCUAUUGCGGAUGGUGCAAAACUCGAGUGGGAAAAAACAGAAAUUUGAUGAAGAAAGUUUAAGCGAUCAGACAUUGGCUGAAAUAGAAGCUAGUGAGUUGAAACGAUUAGAAUACAAUGCCAGAAGUGUUUGCAAAGAAGUUGCUAAUCGCAUAGAAGGUGCUCCUGGCCCUGGAGGAUACUUAAAAGAAAGUGACAAUGAUGAGGUGUUAAAAGUCAUUAAUGACUCUUCUACUGAUGAUGAUAACAGUGAUGGAAGUUUACAAGAUUACGGGAAAGAGAUCCAAACCCAUACUAGAAUGCAGAGAUCACAGAUAAGAUUCCACGUAAACAGUCUCUCUCUCUCUUCCAGGAGACGCCGGCCGGAGAACGGAGGUGCGCCGGAGACGGACGAGGACGGGCGGACCGCGUUGCAUCGUGCAGCAAAGAGCGGAGACGCAGGAAGGAUUAGGGCGCUGCUGGACGCAGGAUGGAACACGAGGGCGAGGGAUGUGAAUGGACAGACACCCCUCCACCUGGCUCUGUCGUGUCGAAAGGAGGCCGCGGCAGAGCUGCUUGUGAAUGCGGACAGCAUCACGGAUGUCGUGGAUAACAACCAAAGGCGCACCCCUCUGCAUUGCGCUGCCGAGAGUGGGUUUGUGAAUGUUAUGCGUAUCUUGCUCGCGGCCGGAGCGGAUGCAAGUGUGAAAGACAGACAAGAACGGACGCCCCUCCAUCGGGCAUUGUACUGGGGAGAGGAGGCCGUGGCGGAGGUGCUGCUGGUGCACGCCCCCGAAUGCGGCGGGCCGAACAUUUGGGGCAAAACCCCUCUGCACCUAGCUGCGGAAAAAGGUCUCGUGCGAAUAGUUCAAUUUUUGGUGUCGAGGGGUGCGCGUCUGCAAGCUAAAGAUAGAGAUGGACACUGUCCCCUGUACUAUGCAUUGAAGCGGGGACACGAAGGUGUGGCGAGAGUGCUCCUGGCGACGUUAGCCUGGAGGGACAUCGAAAUACAUUGGGAGGAGAUGAGGCUCUCGAAGAAGCGUAAGUCGCGUUCGCGUGGCGUCCGGCUGCUCUCCGAGUGCGAGGCCGAGAUGAGGGAUGCCCGGGUGGAGGGGUCCCGCCUCUCCCUCCGCGACCUCGCCCGCCGACCCCCCUCCCGCCUGGCCCGACGCCUCUCGGAACGGGACCUCCUGACGCGGGACUUCCCGCUCUUCGGCGACCUCCUCCUCGUCCGGCUGGGGGAGGUCCGGGAGAGGAGGGCCCUGGAGGACCGCUUCCUGCGCUGCUUCCCCCUCCUCUGCCGGCCCCUGCCCACCACCUGCACCGACGUCCUCCUCGCGUGCCUGACGAACGACGACCUAAGGCACUUCGCCCGAGCCGCGGAGCUCUAG